CUGGCCGAGCAGACCAGCAUCGACAUCAGAGAACUUGGUCGUGAAGCCAUCGCAGUCGAGGCCGACAUUGGCGAUAUUGACGAUAUCAACCGCGUUGUCGAUGAGGCGCUGAACGCAUUCGGCCGCAUAGACAUACUGGUGAACAACGCAGGAGUUACCCGUCACGCGGGCAUUAUGGACCUGACUCCGGAAGACUGGGACAGAAUCCACCGCGUCAACGCCAGGGGCGUGUUCUUCUGCCUUCAGCGAGUCGCCCGGGAGAUGAUUGACAGCGGCGACGGAGGCCGGAUCAUCAACAUCGCGUCAAUCGCAGGCAAGGGUUAUUCGGGUACUUCCAACGCGGCAUACGCUGCCAGCAAAGGGGCAGUAAUCGCCAUGACUCACAUAGCAGCCCACCAGCUCGGAGGAUAUGACAUCAACGUGAACGCCAUCUGCCCAGGCGUAACCCGCACCGCCAUGAGCCAGGCUACGCAAGUUCAGCGGUCACAGGACAUGGGCAUCCCGCUGGAGCAGCUGGAAGAGCGGAGGAGCGCACAAAUCCCCAUCGGUCGGGCAAACGAGCCUGAAGACAUAGCCGACAUGGCGGCAUUCUUGGCAGGCUCCGGUUCACGCAACAUUACGGGCCAGGCAUUCAACGUGGACGGCGGCUUGGUAAUGCACUAA